CUGAGGACGGCUCCAUUUUGCAAAUCUGCGAAGCACCUUAGUGUCUUCACUGCGCUGCAGCUUCAGUGUCGAGUAGCUCCUGUCGGUCCUCUGAAACCUGAUCUCCAAAGCUAAAAAUGGCAACAGCCGGGAAGGUGAUCAAGUGUAAAGCAGCAGUGGCCUGGGAGCCCAACAAGCCCGUGGUGAUUGAGGAGAUUGAGGUAGCCCCACCUCAGGCCAAUGAGGUCCGCAUCAAGAUUGUGGCAACAGCUGUGUGCCACACAGACCUGUACCAUCUUUUGGAGAGCAUGGCUAUAGGGGGUUUCCCAACGGUCCUCGGCCAUGAGGGAGCAGGCAUCGUGGAGAGCGUCGGGCCGGGAGUCACUGAAUUUCAGCCAGGAGACAAGGUGAUUCCUGUGACCCUCUCCCAGUGCAGGAAAUGCCGAUUCUGUCAGAGUCCAAGGACCAAUCAGUGUGAAGUAGCAUGGACCAGGAUUCGUCAGGAAAUUAUGUCUUCCGUGGUGUCCAGGAUGACCUGUAAGGGCAAAAGAGUGAAUCAGUUCAUGGGAACCAGCACAUUCUCUGAAUACACCGUGGUUGACGAGAUUGCUGUGGCGAAGAUCGACCCCGAUGCUCCUCUGGACAAAGUCUGUCUCAUUGGAUGUGGGGUUUGCACGGGGUAUGGAGCAGCAGUGAACAAUGCUAAGGUGGAACCGGGCUCCUCGUGUGCCGUAUUCGGCCUGGGAGCUGUGGGUUUGGCUACAGUCAUGGGAUGCAAAGCUGCAGGAGCCAAAAGGAUCAUUGCUGUAGAUGUGAAUCCCGACAAGUUUGGCAAGGCCAAAGUACUUGGUGCGACUGAGUGUGUGAACCCCAAGGAUCACGAUAAGCCAAUCAGCGAAGUGUUGGCUGAAAUGACCAAUGGAGGAGUGGACUUCUCUUUUGAGUGUGUUGGGAAUGUAGAGGUCAUGCGCAGUGCCUUGGAGUCGUGCAUCGCCAGCUGGGGCGUCAGUGUGAUCGUGGGAUGGACGGACAUGUACGACGUAGCAAUCCCGCCGGGUCAUCUCAUUGCCGGUCGUACGUGGAAGGGCACAGUCUUUGGAGGCUUUAAGAGUAAAGACGGCGUGGCUGAGAUGGUGAAAGCCUACAUGGACAAGAAGUUAAACCUGGAUGAACUCAUCACUCACAACGUGACUUUGGACCAAAUCAACGAUGUGAUUGAACUGAUGAGGCACGGCAAAUGCAUCCGAGCAGUCAUGAGUGUUUCACCACAGUAAAAUCGCCGUGCAGCUUUUGUGAAAACAAAGCCAAAGAAAACAGCAUUCCAGAUGCAGAUAGUAAUUAAUUUAAACAUGAGCAGAUGUUGAUUGUGAGGAAGAAAAAAAAAAUGAAGCGUUUGUGAAGCACAAUAAAGAAUUCACUUGGG